AUGACUUUUGAUUCUGAAAAUGAACUUCGUGAGUAUUAUAAUGCUUACGCACAAUCAAAGGAUUUUGGCAUUUGUAAGUUAGGAGCAAGAAAUGGGCAAGAUGGAAAGCAAAAGUGGUUCUCCAUUGCAUGUGCUAAAAAUGGUGUAUUUACUUCAAAAGGGAAAAAUAUUUUACAACUUAGACCUUCCAUCAAGACGAAUUGUAAGGCUAAGAUUAACGUUGCUGUUAGGAAUGAGUAUGAAUUUGAGAUUACUAGUGUCUACCUUGAGCACAACCAUAUAUUGAGCCCGGGAAAGUCUAGACAUAUUAGAUCUCACAAAGUUCUAGAUUCAAUUGCGAAGAGAAGAUUGGAAGUAAACGACGUAGCUAGAAUACCUUUGUCAAAAACAUUUCAAUCUAUUAUGGUUGAAGCUGGAGGAUAUGAGAAUUUGAACUUUGAUGAGAGAAGUUGUAGAAAUUUUAUUUCGAAAGCUAGAAGGUUGAGGUUAGGAAAUGGUGAUGCCGAAGCUCUUUGUCAAUAUUUCAACCGAAUGCAAAGUAGAUGUUUAAAUUUUUAUUAUCUUUAUGAUCUAGACGAGGAAUCCCGGAUAAAGAAUGUAUUUUGGGCUGAUGGUAGAUGUAGGGCUGCUUAUGAGUAUUUUUCGGAUGUCAUAACUUUUGACACAACAUAUUUGACAAACCGCUAUGACAUGCAUUUUGCUCCUUUUUUCGGGGUUAAUCAUCAUGGACAAUCUAUUUUGCUCGGAUGUGGCUUACUAUCUAGUGAGGAUUCUGAGAUCAUGUCUCUACUUAAGAACAAUUGA